GGGAGGAGAGAAUGAAAGGAAAGAAGCACAUCUCAGAAGUCCACUCUCUCUCUCUCCCACUCUCUUCCCUACCACCCAGCUCUGCUGUGCCUUUCCCAGGCCUCUUCCCGCCACCGAGAUGCUGCUGGACUUCUUUCUAUGCUCGCUCCUCUUCUUUGCUGUGCACGCGGUGCCGCGGUCACCCAGUCGGACUCCGCGCGCUCCCUCGUUGAAAGUGCGUCUAGCAGGAGUCGGGCGUCAGGAAAAUGAAGGACGCGUGGAGGUACUGCACAACAGCACGUGGGGUACCGUGUGUGAUGACGAAGUGGACAUUAAACUGGCCAACGUGGUGUGCCGCGAGCUGGGCUUUCAGAGCGGCGUUACGUGGGCACACAGCGCCAAGUAUGGAGAGGGAGACGGGCCCAUCUGGAUGGACAAUGUCCGCUGUGAGGGCACGGAGAAGACGGUGAAGGACUGCCGCCAUAACGGCUGGGGCGUCAACGACUGCAAACACACCGAGGACCUGGGCGUGGUCUGCACCCCGGAGCGCCGGCUCGACCAAUCCCACGCCGGGGGCGGGCAGGGGCGGGGACACUCCAUCGCCCUGAGGCCCAAUAUCAGAGCAGCGCAGCAGUGGCAGGACAUCUACUCCAAUCAGAGGUCGCCUGCGUAUCUAGGCAACGGGCACGCCCCCGACAUGCCACAAAGACCCGCCAGCCAGUCGUCUAGUAAGGUGCGGAUCGAGGAGGUGCGCCUGCGUCCAGUGCUGAUGUCCACUAAGCGCCGCGUUCUGGUGACGGAAGGUGUGGUUGAAGUGAAGCAUGCUGGGAGAUGGCGGCAGGUCUGCGAUAAGGGGUGGACCCUAAACAGCAGCAGGGUGGUGUGUGGAAUGCUGGGAUUCCCCGACGCCGAGCAGCCCAGCUACAGCACAUACAAGAAGAUCUGGGAUCGUAAAGUGAAGGAUCCGUCUACCAGGCUGAGCAUGAUGGCCAAGAAGAAGGGCUUCUGGGUGGAGAAGAUCAACUGUGUGGGCACGGAACCUAGCCUGGCUGAGUGCCGGACCAAGCUGUCCAUCCCGCGUAGCUCCUCCCCCUGCCAGAGCGGACGCCACGCUGUGGCUCGCUGUGUCCCUGGGGCCCAGUUCGCACGCAUAUCGUCAGGACGACCACAGGCACCACAGCCCCGGCAGGCGGCGGUGCGUCUGAAGGCCGGCGCGCGUCUGGGGGAGGGCCGUGUGGAGGUGCUGCGGGAGGGCAAGUGGGGCACCGUGGUGGAUCACCUCUGGGACCGCGUCACCGCCAGCGUGGUCUGCAGGGAGAUGGGCUUCGGAACCGCCAAGGAAGCUCUGAUGGGAGCUCACAUGGGCCAGGGUACUGGUCCGAUCCAUAUGAACUCGGUGCAGUGUCAGGGGUCAGAGCGUUCCAUCCUGGACUGCUUCUUCCAGGAAGUGCCCCUCUGGACCUUCAAACACACACAGGACGCUUCGGUGCGCUGCAAUGUGCCCCAGACCGGCCUGGAGACCACAGUGCGGCUGGCGGGUGGUCGUGAGGCAGGUGAGGGUCGUGUGGAGGUGCUGAUGGAGGCUGGGGGUCGUAAGCGCUGGGGUUCCGUCUGCAGUGAGAACUGGGGCAUUAACGAGGCCAUGGUGGUGUGUCGCCAACUGGGAUUUGGCUUUGCAGCGCGCGCCCACGAGGAGACGUGGUACUGGGCAGGGGACCCUGCGGCUAAUGAGGUUGUCCUGAGUGGAACUCACUGUGUGGGAACAGAACUGUCCAUCCAGCACUGCAGGAGGAACCAGCACACACACUGCCCUCGUGGAGGAGGAACUAGAUCCGCCGGUGUCACCUGCACUGAGACGGCCCCAGACCUGGUGGUCGACGCUCAGCUGGUCCAGGAGUCGGCAUACCUGGAGGACCGUCCCCUGCAUCUGCUGACCUGUGCACAGGAGGAGGGCUGCUUGUCGUCCUCGGCGGCGCGGAUGCACUGGCCGUACGGCCACCGCCGCCUCCUGCGCUUCUCCUCACGUAUCAUGAACCUCGGACGCGCCGACUUCAGACCCCGCGCCACACGAGAGUCCUGGACCUGGCACCAGUGCCACAGACACUACCACAGCAUUGAGGUGUUCACACACUACGACCUGCUGACGCUAAACGGCACUCGGGUAGCUGAGGGGCACAAAGCCAGUUUCUGUCUAGAGGACACCUUCUGCCCAGAGGGCCUUCGAAAGCGCUUCACCUGCUACAACAUGGGUGACCAGGGCAUCUCCGUUGGUUGCUGGGAUACAUAUCGCCAUGACAUCGACUGUCAGUGGGUGGACAUAACAGACAUUCCGCCCGGUGAUUACAUUUUCCAGGUGGAGGUUAACCCUUCGUUGGACAUGGCGGAGUCGGACUUCAUGAAUAACGUCUUGCGCUGCCGCUGUAGAUAUGAUGGACAAAGAGUCUACAUGUACGGCUGCCAUGCAGGUGAUGCCUACAGUGCUGAUAUUGAAGAUCUGUUUGAACAUCAGCGUCAGAUCACCAACAACUUCAUCUAGAGUCUCCUCAACACAGCUGUGUGUGUGUGUGUACGAAUGUGUGUGUGUGUGCGAGUGUGUGUGUUUGUGUGUGUUUUGGAGUGUAUGUAUGUGUGCUUCAUGCAACACACUAUUUAAAAGGACGGCAGGGUUACGUCUGCGCUCUGAUGUCAUCAGUGUGCAACACUUCCUGUCUGUGCUGUGAUGUCAUCAGCGUGCGACUCACCUGGGCUCCUGGGCUGCAUUAGGAGUUUCUGUCCUGUUUCCUUGACUCGUCCACUUGCCCUCUUACACUUUCCAACGAGGUCAAAGGUCAAGGAAAGAUAUGAGGAUGAGUUUAUGAGGACUUAGCCUGUUGAGGAGUGAAUUCUUUUCCUGGCUCCUCUUAGAAUUCUACGCAAACGAUCGAUAGUUUCAGUGUUCUUCACUUCAGUCUGUGGGGGAAAAUCUCUGAGGGAAUUUGUCACAUCAUAGUGAGGAACUCUCGGUUCGCGAACAUUCUAAUCACAUAUUUGUGACCGUCCUCCUCAACAGGUUAAGGAAAGACAACCACAGUGUUACAAGAAUCCAACUCUACUGACACUCAUGGGAAGGCAGGUGUUAUUGUCAUGUGUCACUUUGGUUGUUAUUACCUGGGGCAAAGUGUUCCCUAUCUUCACUAUCACCUUUCCUGCCUUAAGGGAUGCUUCAGUGUACUAACAGAGAUUUGAAAGGAAGCAGUAAAACACCUUUUCUACGCGUGUAGAGACUCUGAACAGCUCUUAUAGGCCUACCUAAACAUAUCCAGGUCAUUUCAUUCCAAUAGGAACCUUCCCUUCCUUUGGCAACAAGCGAUAUUGUUUUCCCAUCAUCAGUUACCAGGCAUUGAGUAUUAUGGGAUUACUGCCACGAACAGUGAUGGUUAUGCCUAAAUCUGUCUCUCUCUCUCACACACACACACUUGACUUCCCCUCCUCCCAUCUCUGCUCAGUGCCUUAUAGAAGUUAUAAAAGUUAUACACUUAUAAACUUUUAAAGUUUAGAGACUUUUUAACUGUUAGAAACUUUUAACGAGUUUAAACACCAAAAUGCAGAGAAGGCCAGAGGACUGUGCUGUGUGUCUGUGUGUGCGUGGCCCAUAUAGUCAAAGGUAUGCUGUAUGUGUGUGUGUGUGUGUGUGUGUGUGUGUGGGUGUGUGUGGGUGCAGGCGUGUGUUAGGAGGUGGUGUGUCCGUAUAUCUGUUAUCAUACAACAACACACAACCAAUCUGUGUGUGUAUGUUGAUUAGUUUUGAUGUUGCACGUUUGUGUGCGUGGUGCUAUCGGACCUGAUAAUUCGCUGUAGCUGUGACAUUUCCUGUUUACUGUCCAUGUUAAGGCUAGUGUCACUACAGUUAGCAAUGUUUUGGCUUGUGUUGUUACAGUUAGCAACGCCUUAGCUAGUGUUGCUACAAUUAGUGAUGUUUCAGCUUGUGUCACUACAGUUAACUGAUGUUUCGGCUAUUGUCACUACGGUUAGCGAUGUUUUGGCUUAUGUCGUUACAGUCAGCAAUGUUUUGGCUAGUGUCGCUACAGGUAGUGAUGUUUCGGCUAUUGUCACUAUGGUUAGCGAUGUUUUGGCUUAUGUCAUUACAGUCAGCGAUGUUUUGGCUAGUGUCGCUACAGUUAGUGAUGUUUUGGCCACUUCAGAUGACGUUGCCUCAGAGUGUUGACUAGCAUUGUCCUACCUAGCUUUCCACUCGCUAGCAUUUCCUCCGCUAGCACUGUGUGAGCUAGAGUUGCUUUGGCUAAGGGAGAGAUGCACUUUAUCUGAAGAUCUGCAGUAACCCCCCCCCCCCACCCUCCCCCAGAGUCUUGAGCUCUGGAUUUAUUUAAGAAACUCCGUUGUGCUUCACCCUGCUAGCGCACUGGGAUACUAUCUCGGCUUGUACAUGCUAACAUGCUCAUGGUUAAUUUAUUUUAUGCUCGGCUCAGCUACAGCUUCUAUGGCAAUGCGCUCCUCGAAGGGUGCUUCACAUGGUGCCCGAAACAAACAGAGUGGAGAAUGCAGUUUCCAGGGCUUUAAUGAGUGUGAGAGAGAGAGAGAGAGAGAGAGAAAGAAAGAGAAAGACAGAGAACAUAAAUAAAGGGAUGACUGAGAGGGUGUGAGCGGUAGCUGAGCGUUAGACAGACAGAGAGAAAGAGAGACAGAGAGAGAGAGAGAGAGACAGAGAGAGAGAGAGAAUGGGUUUGUGGUCUGUAAAGACAGCAGUAAUUGGGAUUGUCUAGGCCUUGUGUGUGUAUGUGUGUGUCUGUGUGUGUGUGUGUGUGUGUGUGUGUGUGUGUGUGUCUGUGUGUGGGAUUGUCUACAGCCACCAUCUCAGAGGCUCUUGCAAGAGACCUGGAAAACAUAUCUUAAACACAUUCAUUACAGCUGUGUGUAUGUAUGUGUGUGUGUGCGCGCGCGUGUGUGUGUGUGUGUGUGUGUGUGAAAAUGUCUUUUCCAUCCCACUGGCAUCUUCUCUCACACACACACACACACACAUCUGCCUGCCAGAGGAAUAGACAGCAGAGCCAGUCUUGUGUGUGCCGUUAUGGCCUGUGCUGUUAGCCAUAUCUGCAGUAUUUAAUCACACACACACACACUCAUCUGCCUGUGCUGUUAGCCAUAUCUGCAGUAUUUAAUCCAAGAGUUAUAUCCUCAGUCCUCCUGACCUUUGACCUGUGUGUGGUGCUGUAUCAUACUGUAAUUACUCCAGUGUCUGACAUGUUAUUAUAUGACAUUAUUUUAAAAUUGACAUUUUAUGACAUUAAAUUGAUCCCAGACCAACCA